AUGCGAAGAUAUUUCUGUCGAGAGAGAGCAACGCUUUCCCGCUAUCCUCUUUCUGUCAAAGCUAGAGGAGAAAAGGCAGUUGCCCUGGAGGUAACGACGCUUUUCACUCAUCCAGGACAGGCUACUCUUUUCUGGUUCGACCACCAGGAAAUCCACCAGUGGGUGAAGACGGCUGUGUCGAGAGAAGGUGAAGUCGAGAGACAAAUUCCAGUCCCGAGGAAGACAAAAAACUUGAAAAAGACCAUCAGUAACUUCGGGAGACCAAAAGCAGGUUUCUCGGGAAAAAAGUUAAUUCCACGUCCGUUAGGCGUUCGAUUCUUUAGUGAAGAGAACAAAUCGAGAAGGCGCUCUGUCGCCACGCGCAGUCCGAACAGGGACUCUUCCCGUAGCUCCUUUAAAUGA